GCAGGCGGUUCGAGUCUCUCGACAGAAGAGCACGUGAGCUCCCAAGCUGUUUCUCCCCACUCGUUCGAAUCCCCUCAGCUCGAAAGCUGGUGGCUACUCUCACGCUCAAUUAGCUUUUCUGCCUAACAAAAAAACUGUUUCUUUUCAUUCAACAAGGGGUGACGUGCACAAGAGAUCUUAAUAUCCGAACGAGACGAUACGUUUCAUCUCGGGCUUUUCGUUUGCAAGUUGUACUAAUCAAGGCCUACUCGAACUUGAAAAAAAAAAAAACAGUUGACUUUGCACCUUUUCGUCUACGCAAUUUUCGAGAAAAUAAAUUGAUUUUGAAAAAAAAUAUAAAAUUGUUUAAUUUCUCUGCGCUCGCAUAGUUCAAGUGCGUAUUGACGUCGGUGUGUGUUAGUGUGUGUUAGUGUGUUGUUUUUUUGUUGUGUGUUUUGAAAGAAAGAAGCACUCGAAUUGGAUGGCGACCGGUUUUGGCAAAAACUGGACACAUCUUUGACCUCGAAAUAAAACUCGCUUUUCAAGAUCAAACGCACAACACUCCGAACAGAAAACGAAAACUUGAAAGAUUUAUUCUUCCCAUUUUCAACGCUGCGUACGUCGUCUAAUAACUGCAAUGAUGACGAUUGACACACGGCUCAUGUCCCACUCAACUGGCAAACAUCUGCGCUGCUGACAAAGCUACGCCAUCCAGCAAUUUAAAUUCUCAUCCGUUGCAAAAAAAAAUCUUCCAGUCACGCCAGCUGACCGUUGACCUUCAUCCUCAUUGCCAUUUUGAGACGCAAUCAUCCAAGCGAAUAACACAAUUGGAUACACAGAGUUUCUUUACGGCUUGAUAGGUCGGAAUUACUGGAUGCCCUCACAUUUUCACAUAACACCGACAAGGAUGAUUGGCAGCCAUUGAAUCAACGUCAGAUUGGUACGAUAAACCAGCGUUCAGGUACGAUUAGCAGCGUCAUGGAUUCGCGCAUCGGACUCGACUACAUCGUCGAGAACCGCGAGUAUGUCGCUAAAUUGGCGUCGGCCCUCGACACGGCCAACACCACCGUUAAAAAGCAAGUCUUCGAGCUCCUCUCGGCCCUCUGCGUCUACAACGCCGAUGGCUACACUCGCACGCUCGAUGCUCUUGAACAUUUCAAGAACCUCAAAGGUGAUCGUUACCGUUUCGCCGUUGUUGUACGCGAACUGCGCGAUGCUCCGACAGUCGAAUACAAGACGGCACUGGUGGCUUUCAUCAACUGCAUCAUCAUUUCGACCCCGCAGCUCAAGGAUCGGCUGCGCAUCCGCAACGAAUUCGUUGGCAUGAAGCUGCUGGCCACCCUCAACGAGCUGAAGAAUGAGGCAGUCUCCGACACGGAUCUGGCCGUCCAGAUCGACGUCUUCGACGAACAGCGGGAGAGUGACGAAUCUCAAUUGCAAGGUCCUGAUGGGGUGGAUUUGAGUUCUCAUCUGGAUGUUUUUCACGCCAUCCUGCGCCAAGUGGUUGACACGCCGCAAGAGAUUCCGUUCCUGUCCAUUCUGCAGCAUCUCCUGCGCAUCGAUCCGAAGGAGGCCGUUUCCGACAUGAUUUGGGACACGGCCGAAACGCUCGUUCAUCGGGCAUCGCUGAUGGAAUCGAAGGAAGAAUUGACUCGGCUAUUGCGUAGUCCGUCGCACGCCAAGAUGUCGCAUCGAGACGAGCCGGGCAGUGGUAGCAAGUCACGCAAACAAUCGCUCAACCUGACCUUAUCACCGGCCGGCGAUGGAAGCCGAACUCCCGCUGGCCUGCUGUCUCCUACCAACGGACCUCCACCUCCACCACCUCCGCCACCGCCUCCAGGAGGAAUUCCGCUUCCACCACCUCCACCUCCUCCGGGUGGUGGACCGCCACCACCACCCCCGCCGCCACUCUUGCCGGGUUCGGGAGGUCCUCCCCCGCCACCACCUCCAGGUCUGGGCGGUAUGACUCCACCUCCACCAGCUGCUCCGGCUGUCCAUCCGGAUUUGAAAAACCUGCGCUUACCGCAACUAGAAAUUCCCCGACCCAAAGCCAAGAUGAAGACGCUCAACUGGGUCAAAUUGCCGGACAUCAAGAUUUUCGGCCGUUCGAAUAUUUGGACAACGGUGGCCAAGUCUCACCAGAAAUCGCCUAUGGCCGAUUUAGACUGGGCGGAGAUGGAGGGCCUGUUUUGCCAGCAACCAGCACCGGGCACUCCGUCAUCAGCUGGAGGCAAAGGACUUGGCCAGGCGAACGGAACGCCCAACGGCAGCGUCCUCGGCACGCCCAACACGCCGGACACGGAGCGUAGGCGUAAAGAGCCGGCCGAGGUGUCGCUGCUGGACGGCAAGCGGAGCUUGAACAUCAACAUCUUUUUGAAACAGUUCCGUUCGAGCAACGCCGAAAUAGCGCAAAUGAUUCGCGACGGAGAACACGAUGACAUCGGCACUGAGAAACUGCGCGGACUGCUCAAGAUCCUGCCGCCAACCGACGAGGUGGAAAUGCUGCGCGCCUACGACGGCGAUCGCAAUCGACUGGGCAACGCCGAGAAGUUCCUCCUGCUGCAUUUGAUGACGAUCCCCAACUAUCGCCUCCGCAUUGAGUCCAUGUUACUCAAGGAAGAGUUCACGUCCCAGAUCAAUUACUUGGGACCGAGCAUCGAGGCCAUGAUCUUGGCCGGAGAGAAACUGAAGAGUAACAUCCAUUUGCAGGACAUUUUGUACAUGGUAGUCGUUGCUGGAAAUUUCCUCAAUUCGGGCGGUUACGCCGGAAAUGCGGCCGGAGUGAAACUGGCGUCCCUGCAGAAGUUGGCCGACAUCCGAGCCAACAAGCCGGGCAUGAAUCUGAUCCACUUCGUGGCGUUGCAAGCGGAGAAAAAGGAUAAAGAGUUGCUGAAAAUGCCGGAUGAAAUGAGCGUCUUGGAAGACGCCACUAAGACGACGGUGGAGCAAUUGCGCAACGAGGUCAACGCGUUGGACCUGCGCAUCACCAACAUCGCCAAACAAAUCGACGCGCCCAACACGCCCGUUGAUAUCAAGACGCAAAUGGAGGAGUUCCUCCGCAUUGCCAAAGACGAGAUGGAGGAUCUCCAAAAAGAUUUAUUGGUUCUGGACGAAGUGAGGAUCCAAUUGGCCGACUUCUUCUGCGAAGACCGCGAUUCGUUCAAACUCGAGGAAUGUUUCAAACUUUUCCUGAACUUCUGUCAACGUUUCCGGACGGGCAUCUUGGAAAACGAACAUCGACGCCAGCACGAAGCGGCGGCUGAGAAUCGCCGCAGGCAGCGUGAGGAACAACUGGCCCUGAAACGCCGUCAAAGCGCUGGUGGACAACAAGGUAGCACAGGAGGCAACGAAACCGACAACGUCAUGGAUUCUCUUUUGCUGGACAUCCGUAAUGGCUUCCCGAUGCGCGACAAGAUACGCAAAGGAAAGAAGGCCUCGCUUGAGCCGUCCGGCGAAGAUGAUAAUGCAUCUCCAUUGGUGAUGGCCGUGGCCAGCUCUCCGCGCGUCAGCCGUAAAAGACUGGGAUCCAACACGGUCGUCAACGUGCCAAACAACAACGACAUGAACAAAGAUGAUAAUCUCCUCGAGGAUCUGACGCCCAACGGGAGUCUUCGUCGACGUCGAAGCCGCGUCCCUUCGGAAGAAGACGACACGCUGAUGGAUUAUCUGCGGACAUCAGGUCACGCCGACGGGUCCCGCGAACGCAAAUCAACUGGCAACAUACCCGAUGGAUACGGAUCGCUGGAUCGUUCUUGGUAUCGUAACCGGACGCGGGGCAGCGGUGGAGCCGGCCAAAAGAAACGGCCAGAUCUGAUGAGCGCUGAUUUCACGGGAGGCGGUGGAACAUUGGCUCCAUCACCGUUGGCUGCCCCUCCACCUGUUCAGGACAUGAACAUUUCCAGCACGCUGGAACCGCUGCCCGAGACGACCCUCAUCGACAGCCGGAGGUCACCGCGACGAGAAUGGAAGCCACCGCUGGAGAACACGGACGUGGUUGGAGUCAUGGAAGCCAUCGAAGAUGCUUCCACUAGAGAUAAGCCGGUUUGGCAAAGAAAAUCUGCGUUGAUUGGCACUCCCAACAGUACGACCGAUAAUGUGCUGGAUAGCCGCAAUCGCUUUCGCCGGACGCGUUCGCGUCUCCAACCGGACGAACCUGAUCGACCGACGGCUGUGACCACUCCGACAACUCCGGUAGUUCAUCCAGCACCGUCUCAACCAGAAAGCGAAGUGGAGAGGAGAAAGGCCAUGAUAGGAUCGUUGGGUCGACAACCGACUGAAGAUAAGUUGACCAUCUACAUCAAACAGGAUAGCGACCCGCACAUCAAAGAAAUGCUUCCCACAUUGGUCGAGCAAAGCCCCGACAUCUGUAGGAGAAGAAGCGAUCAAGGAUUGCCAACUGCGGUCGAAGGAUCUGGAACAGCUUCACGCCUACUGAACCGCUAUCGUCAACAGACGCCACUGGACGUGCCCAACGAUCUGUUGCGUACCAUCGAAGAGGUGGAUCGCACCAAGAGUCCCGUCGAAUCAGGGGAGACGUACGACCGAUCACCGGGUCCUCUAAUUAACAGCACUCCACCUGCCCCGAUCCUGUCCGCCACUGAAAGGGAGAAGAAACGCUACCAGCGCACAAUGACUCCCAACACGCUGCGUUCGAAAUUGCAGGAGAAACUGAUCAACACGUUCGAUACCAACGAGUUGGCUGGAACGAUUGCGUCCAUUCAAAUUACUCCGGAGAAAAAAGCGAACGAGAAGAAUAGCAAUGCCAUCAUUUCGUCAUCAAAGUCAGCGCUAGAUGGGGACUCUAGUGGGACGGGCGAGAGCGAAACUUCGCUUCCGCCCAUUCAGCCGGGACCGCGGAAGUCCCGGCGCUUGUCACGCGGAGGCCUCAACGGCGAAGAUGGACCGUCGGAUAAGAUCGACAUCGAUUCGGAGAAUAUCGAAACGCCUCCAGUGACUCGAAGAGCCUACGGAUCACGUCCGUUUGUCACAAGCUCUGGCACAACAUCGGCACCGACUGGAACGACUGAAGUGUCCGGAUCUCCGGCAUCCGGCACGCCAUCGUCUCAAAACGGACGUAUGUCAAUGAAAACCGAAGACGAUGAAUUGGGCGACGGACGUUUCGAUCGCUUCUCAUCUACCCGACGCACCCGACGCCUCCGCAAAGCUCCGGAAGGCGCCGAAGAGGAUUCGUCGAGUUUGGAACCUCGCAAAUCACCCGAGGGUGUCGAAGAUCCUGAAGACCUUUCACAAACGGACGUUAUCGUCGGCAUGGAAGUGAAAAAGGAAGGAGAAGUGAGCACGGUCGAAGUGACGCGACGGAUGAGCGAGGAGCGUGAUCUUCAGCCGCACACAGCGAUUGGCAAUAACAGCAACCACGGAAUGGCCGUGAGCUCGGACGAAAAGGAACGCCGGCUGCAGCGCUGGAAGGAUAAGUUAGGACCCCGCGAUGACAGCGAAACGGCCGUUAUGACGGCCAGCGGCGCAAGCGCCAUCAAGGUCCGCCGCGAUCGACCCUCUCGCACCAACGAAGCCGAACCGCAACAAUCAGGCCAGCAAGAGCCACUUCGAUCAUUCACCGAUGCAGUGACAACAUCAUCGCCAGAGGACAACUGGCGCACUCGACUUGCCCGACAAUUCCGGCCGGCAGAGAAACUUGAUUCCUCUUCGGUUAAGGAAGACGAUCCGUCCACGCUGCGUGCUAAAUCAAGAUCCAGAUCUUCCAGCCCACUGAAGGAUGAAACGCAAGGCUCUCGUUUGGCGUUAUCGCAACUGCGGGAAUCGCCGCCAAGGAAAACGGACUCGGUGUUCUCCCGGUUGGCACAGGGUUCCGGCAUGCGUGGAAACAGCAGCAGCACAACAAGCAGCCGGACGUCUAGCGAUGCCCAGCCAAAGCCGAGACGCAGCUUGUUCGGAGAUUCGACGCGGGACAGUUUCACCAAGACGCUGACGAAGAAGUUCGAAAGUCCCGCCAAACGCACGGAUGAAAACGGAACCGGUUCGCUGAGGCGUUCGUCGUCCAUCCGGACGGCAGAUCGUCCGCGUUCGACGUUCUUCUCUCCGAUCAGCGAACCGCCGCCACCGGAGAGAGAAAGGACGAUGACGUUGGGUCGUUCAUCCAGCUUCCGCGUUGGAAAUCGGACGCCCGGUGCCGGAUCAGCCACACCGUCUAGCGCGUCCAGCACAGCGGAUAAGAAGACGGCGUCGGGUUACACUUCGACUCUGAUGAACUGGCGUCCUUUCCGCAAGAGCCGCGAUGAGAACAACGCCGAACCGGAGCCUUCCAGCCGGAAGUCGUCGAUGAACUCGACCGGAACCAGCCGACCGAUUGGAGCCAGCACGAGAUCUUCUAAUUUGGGGACCAGUAACACCAGCCUGAAACGGUCCACCUCUUCCGUCGCAUCAUUAACACCCCAUCGGGGCGGUGGUUAUAUGCCCGGUGGUAUGUCAUCCAACAGCACUUUGUCCAGCGUCCAAAGGAGCGGCCCGUCAAGUACUUCCUUGAUGCGAUCAGGUUCGGUCAAAACGGCAGCUGGCCCGGUAAACGGCCGGACAACAUCAUUCCUCAAAGUGUCUGUACCAAGUUCUCCCGCUCCGGUCCGUCGCAGCACGGGGUCCAGCUUCAUGCGACCGACCGCGUCGAGCGUGGCCAAGGAUAAAGACAUUGGCGGGCCCGUUCUGGUCAAGAGCAGCAUCCGCCCAGCAGCCGCAACCUCCGUCGCUCAACGUACCAAAAUAAUGCUCUGAGCUGCUCCCUUUUUUUAUUUUCCAUAUCUACCUUCCAUUUUAAUUUAUUUUUAUUUUUCAAUUUCUUUUUUUUUUUUUUUUGGCUGACAUUUUCAUUGUUCAUUCACCGUUGCUUUUCGGCUUUUUUUUUUUUUGACUGCCUUCCUCCCGCAACACACACAAAAAAACAGCAAACUAAAAAAAAAGGGAUUAAUUUUAAAAUACCCCAGCUAUGCGCUAAACAAGCCAGAACAAUUUCGUUUUGUCUAUUGUCUCUCUCAUUUUUCGUUGUUUUCGUAUCCAACUGGAACGCAAAAAGAAGAAAAGAAGAAAGAGAGAGAUAAGCCAAAAGAUAUAGAAACGCCAGUGAAUACAUAUUUAUAGCAAAAGUUCAUUUGCCUGCAUUAAAAGAAAUGAUGACGUCCAUGCCUUUCUUGAAACAACAAAACAAAAAACAUUAUCGGUGAUAUGUCUCUUCAUUUUUGAUUGUAUUACAUUACAUCAUGCCUUAUUCAAGCUCUCUCUUCAUGUGUCUCCCCUACCCCUCCCUCCCCUUUUUUUUUUUUUGGAAAUAUCUCUUUGGUCGAAUUUUUUUAUUUUUGCUGUGCCUUCUAAUCUUUUUCUCUACCUCUGAACUCUUUUGACAUUUUUCUUGUUCAAAAAUAAUCCCAGGGCCUGACCGUACAUAUAUUAUAUAUUAUUUACAAAUUCCUCUCCCCCCCUCCCAAACUUUUUUUUAAACAUAAAAAAAAAAAAAAAAAAAAUCUGUUAAUUUGCUUACCCGCCACAUCAAUGGGAAAUGAUUCCCUCUACGCCUUCGACCGUAUGUUGGUAAAGGUAAAUAACCCGCGUGCCAAUUUUGAUCGAGUAUUCUAUUUGUACAAGGAUCACGAUAGCCAUGUCCCUCCCCACGUCUAUUUUUUUUUUAAAUUGAAAAACAUUACCAUCAUUCACGAUGUGAAAUUAUGCAAAUUUAAACAUUGGUCAUGCCAACAAAGACACGACCAACUGUCAAAAAAGAAAAUACGUGGAUGGGCGGAACAAUGCCUUUUUGAUAUGAAAAAAAAAAAUCACAUGGUGUAAUAAUAAUCUCUUCAGUUUUGAUUGUGUAAAAAAAAAUACUUUUGUUUUAACCAUCGGUGUUGAUUGGAAACGAAAAGAAAUACAUAUACUCAUUCCCGCUUGUAAGAAAAA